AUGCCCGGCUUCCACGUGUACUCGCAGGCCUCCCGCCUCGGCAUGGAGUGCUCGCCCGACGUGAGGGUGGUGGUGCCUUCCAUGCCAGCACCUGCGCCCAUCGACCUCAACGCCACACCGGUGGCCGGUGGCUCGUCAUCCGGAGGCGCGAGGAAACGCGCGCGGCAUAUGCCGGCCGGCGUGCUCCCAGACGCCCGCUGCAACCUGUUCGAGGGAAUGCCGUCCGCCGGCGACGAGGACUACAUGCAGAAUCUCAUCUUCGAGGGUGGUGCGCCGGCCGCUGGCUACGAUCCCGACAAGACACAAAGCCAGGACGGCCGCGGGGCGUUCACGCCGGCCGCUGGCUAUGAUCCCGAUCAGGCGGCCUUCAUGCGUGAUCAGGUCGGCAUGGACCUGGACGGCUUCCCACUUGACCACGAGUUUUCGGAUGACUAUGGGCAAGAGGAAGAGGAUGAGUGCGACAUCGAAGUGGAGCCUUUGUUCGAGGACGAGCUCGCCAACCAAGCCGCCGGUCCGAAGCCGAAGCGCAAGAGCAAGCACACGAAGGCAUACACGACGGCCGAGGACAAGCUUCUUUGCGAGUGUUGGCGAGACAUUGGACAAGACCCCAAGAUGGGCGGCGAACAAAAGCAUUCAACAUUUCGGAUUCGUGUCCACCGGGAGUUUCAUGAGCGCAAGAAGUUUCCGCCUUACCAAAUUGUGAGCACGCGCGGGUGUGUGUCCAUUUCGAAGCUAUGGAGGGUCAUCCAACAAGAGUGCAACAAGUUUUGUGCCACUCUUGAGAGCGUCAAGGCCCGCCCCGUGAGCGGCAUCGGCAUGCAAGACAUGGCAUUCAAGGUCCAACACAAUGGCAAGUGCUUCAACCUCUCCCAUUGCUUUCAGGUCAUCAAGGACGAAGAGAAGUUCAAGGCGCAAUAUGCCCCCUCAAGUCGCGUGGGGGGAAGCAAGCCGUGGAGGAGGUUGGGGACGGCGAGCCGGCACGGCCGCGGGGGAAGACCAACUCCAAGAAGGAGGACAAGCGGGAUGCGGCAUCCAACACCUUGGAGGGCAUGA